AUGCUUGGAGCAACAUCCAUAAUUCUUGCUCUUUAUUGCUCAGCGUUGUUGAGGUUUGACUUUGGAGCCGCUCAGACAACAGGAGGCAACCAGUGCGACCAACUAUUAGAUUUUGAGGACAUGAAUCAGCUAAACUGCUUCUCAGCUGCUGGAGGCGGUUCACGAUCCUUAUCUACAGAAAAGGCAAAGAGUGGUCAGCGUUCUCUCAAGUGGGUGGGCGCCACAGCUGGUUCGUCGGUGCUAGCUUAUACCAGGCCUUCCUCAUCUAUCAUUACAGGAAAUAAACUCAAGCGGGGAGGUAUGAAGUUGUGGCUAUACAAGAAAGAGACUUCCAAUGGGAAGAUGUUGACUGUUAAUCUACGAGACGAAACUCAGAAGACUUCGUUUGGAGCUUUUGAUGUCAAUCUCGGAUUUAAAGGCUGGAGAGCUGUAUGGGUGGCAUACUCCGAAUGUAAAUCAUCGUCAAUCACUACCUUAAGUUCCUACAGGUUGAGUAAAGUCACCUUUUCAGUGAGCCAUAAAGAUACCAUCUAUUUCGAUUUGAUUGACUUUGUGGAACAUAUGAGCUUCCAAACUCGCGAUAAAAUAGUUCCUCCAAUCAACCAGCAGGGAUAUGACAAGACUGAAAUCAACACCGCUCGGCAAUUAUAUCGUUGGAGUAGAAAGCAGCCUACCAAUCUUCCUACAACGGUCGAUCCAUCUAAAACAGAAGGUCUCAAUCAUAUCGAAAGUCGUCUUCGAAAUUUCUACUGCAGUGAAGAAAAAACCAGUUACGAUUUCACCGGGUUUCUCGAUAAACGCUGGAAGUCACUGACGAAAAGUAUUGAUAAGGCACACGAGCAAUAUGAUAAACUCAUAUUUAAAACAGCACCAGGAGGGAAAAGAGUGAUUAGUGGCCCUUCACUGUUUUGCUAUGGCUGUAAAAAGGGAACAACAAAGUAUUCCGCCGCGGAUCAAACGAGAAAGUUUAGCUUUGUCAUGGCAAAUAUUAUGCUUCCAUUGGCGCAGGAGUAUUAUUUACGGUCCCGCCAGGUUGAGAUAGAUAAGACAGCGGGCGAGGAAUUAAAAAAACUAGGCUCUUCUGCUUCCGCUAAGGUAAAAAAAUCUCUUAAACGAAUCGCUGGAAAGCACAAACCCAGACAGGACGAGUUCCUUAACUACCUAAAAUCCAAAGGAAAGCCUUACACAAAAGCGAAAGUCCGUGAGUCAUUAGAAUAUAUAAACAAAGCUCGUCUUCAACGGGUCAUAAAUUUGUUGGAUUUCGUCGAAGACCAAGGUUGGACGGAUGGUAGUGCCAUUGGCUCCAUAAGAGGAGAUUUGAACCAGAAUGGAGCUGGAUACAUGCAUACCCUUUUCCUUCUCAAGAAGUCUCUUCAUGAAAACAAUGCAAACAAGACCAGACUUCUAAAUUUAGUCAAUGCCGCUAAAUGGUACAACUACUUUGGAGAGGUGUACCAAAGCACGUACGAGUACAAGGGAACAAACGCCGAUAGAAUGAUUACGACAAUGCUUUUUCGUCUUUUGACUGUUUUGAUGAUGCCCAUAGAUACCCCUGAUGAACAGAAGGCAAGGCAAAGAGACAUGGAUGCUUUGAAACUAUGGAUGGAGAAUGCUUUAGCGGUCAACAAAGCAUUCGGAGGAGUUAUCAAGCCGGAUUUUACUGGUUUUCAUCACAUGGGGUUCUAUGCAUCCGCAUAUAUACCUCAAGCACUGCAUACAGCAGCGCAACUGCAGUACUUAUUAGAAGGAACUGACUAUGCUUUAUCAAGCACUGCUAAGCAAAAUUUACUCAAGACCCUUAAGACUCUCCGGGUGACAGCUGUAAAAUACUCUACACCAAACAGUGUUGGAGGACGCUUUCCUAGCUUUUCAAGGAAAGUCCUGGUCAACAUACUUCCUGCAUAUGCCUAUGUGAGCGUUACCCGUCAGUGUUCAAGAACUCAGAAUCCAUUGCCAAGAGUACAUAUCCCUGACCUAAACGCGGAUGCAACGAUGUUUUUACGAUUAUAUCAGCCUUCCGACAAAAAAAUUUCUAAGUAUCUGGGUGGUGGAGGAAUUAGACGAGGAAAAUCAUAUAUGAAUACAUUGGGAUCUUUAGAUAUAAUGAUCCAAGCGCACAACAAAGCCGUUGAGAAGGGUAUGUCUGCAGAAUCCUCUCCAAAUGGUCAUUGGUCUAAGAACUUUGCAGCUCUUUCCGUACAUCGUCGCGAAGAUUGGGCAGUUACCGUUAAAGGCUUCAACAAAUUUGUUUGGGAUUUUGAAAUGGGUCCUUCAGAAAACCCUAACGGUAUCUUCCAAAGUUAUGGUCAAAUGCUCAUAGCUAACAGCGAGGGGUCCCUUUUAGCGCAUGAUGUAGAAAAGGGGUGGGAUUGGACAAGAAUUCCUGGUGCCACUACUAUGUCCCUGACUCUUGAGGAAACUCGAGUGAAGAAAGCAAGGUAUUUCAGUCCAAGAUCGUUUGCUGGUGGAGUUACUUUCAAAGGACCAGAAGCCUUGUCAAACGGAGUUUUUGGCAUGGACUUUUACCAACCAGACUACCAAUUCUCACACAGCUCUUUUCCCAAUAUAAAGCUUUAUUUCAAAAAGUCAGUUUUCUUUUUUCAGAACGUGAUUGUCUGCCUAGGCAGUAAUAUAAGAAUAGGAAACGGACAAGGGAAAAUUGCCCAGACAACUCUAUUUCAAGACAAGGUUCAAAGGGUCGAUACCGGAGGUCAGAUGAGAUCAUUCUCAAUCAAGGUAGACGGCGUCUUAAAAGAUGGUUCAUCUACAUUUGCAGCAAUGGUGCCACCUUUGAAUUCACAAGCAGGCUACAUACGUCUCCUUGACACCAAAGGUAACAGCUACUAUAUCCCGGCUUCGAGUGCCUCCAGUCUCAAAGUUCAAAUUGCGAAUCAAAACUCAAAAACACCAGCAGCUAAGCCAUCAAGUGGUCGCUACGCCACAGCUUGGCUUGAGCACAGUCCUUCUAAUGACAAUUACGAGUACGCUGUUUACGUAAAAUCAACAUCGUACCCCAAGUCUGCUGAAUUCGUUUGGAAUUUUCAGGCAAGUAGUCGUAAUAAAAAAGUAUACAAAGUCUUACAGAAGAACGACGUAGCACACGUGGUCAAAUUUGAAAUGUCUACAGUGGAUUGGCGGGAGGUGAGUCCACCUCAGUUUGGCUAUGUGAUAUUUUCAUCCACGACAACGCUUCCUUCAGACGGCCCAAUCAGGUCAUCCAACAAACCAUGCAUUAUCAUGGCUAGAGAAGAUGGGGGGUUUCUCUAUCUUAGCGUCAGCCAUCCUGACCUGGCGUUUCCUAAUUCUGGCCAUCUCAAGACAAUGGAAGAUAUCGGAGUUCGGGAAUAUUACCAUAUAGAAAGCCAGGAAAUUUCAAUUACUGUGGGGCUGAGAAAAAGAGUGCUCAAGACACUUCCGGCGCAACCAAUGGUGCAUGGAUCACCAGCUGAGUACGUGCCAACAGUUCAGGUCAAAUCCACCAAUCCAACGCUACCUAAAGGCAACAAAAUUGUCUUUAGCAAUCUUAAGAAUGGCUUCAGUGUUGAGGUCAAGCUUAGGAAAUAA